AGUAGUGUUCGGACAGGAAGCACAAAGAGUUCUGAGACUGGGAACAUGGCCGAGUAUCUCGCCUCGAUUUUCGGAACCGAGAAGGACAAGGUUAACUGCUCCUUCUAUUUCAAGAUUGGAGCUUGUCGUCAUGGAGACAGAUGCUCUCGACUUCACAACAAACCUACCUUCAGUCAGACAAUUGUGUUGUUGAACCUGUAUCGCAAUCCUCAGAACACGGCUCAGAGUGCAGACGGCUCUCACAUUUUCUCAUCUCUUUCAGGCCACGUGAGUGACGUACAGGUGCAGGAGCAUUAUGACGACUUCUUUGAGGAGGUUUUUACUGAAGUGGAACAAAAGUAUGGUGAGAUCGAAGAGAUGAACAUCUGUGAUAACCUCGGUGACCAUCUGGUUGGGAACGUCUAUGUCAAGUUUCGAAGGGAGGAAGAUGCAGAACGUGCUCUUGCAGAGCUGAACAAUCGCUGGUUUAACGGCCAGGCCAUACAUGCAGAGCUGUCUCCAGUCACAGAUUUCAGGGAGUCCUGUUGUCGUCAGUAUGAAAUGGGAGAGUGCACCCGUGGCGGAUUCUGCAAUUUUAUGCACUUGAAGCCCAUCAGCAGUGCUCUGCGACGACAGCUGUACGGACAAGGACGCAGAAAUCGAUUGGACGGCUCUAAAGCACCAUCCCCCAGACGCUUCUCAGACAAAAAUCGUGAUCGAGAUAGACGCCGGCGAUCCCGCUCCCCCAGACAAAGACACGGUCGUUUCUAAGGAUGGGUCUAGUGUGUGUGAGCGUUGGGAGGUGGUGAGAGCUACGAUGAGCACAUGACUAGAGACGGCAUCACCAGACCAGCUCACUACCAUAUCCCUGCUGUAUUCACAGCCCCCUCUCUGACAACCGGAAUAAAAAAUGGCAGCAUCCACCCACUGGGUGCUAUAACAAAAUGUACUGAAAACACCGGCAGUGCCAGCAUAACGCUUCUGUAGGUGAUCACAAAAAAGCAACUUUUUUUUUUUUCCUUUUUCUUCUUUAGCGAAAUGCAGUUUUGGCACUUUGGUUCUACAGCCAUGUGCUGCUCUCUGUGCCCUCUUCUAUAUUUUUUUUUGUUUGUUUUAAAGACAUCUCAGCCUGGUUGCAUUUUUACUAAACUUUGUGGCUGGAGCAGUCUGCAGAGCAUUGCACAUUCUUUGUUGUAUUUAGGGAGUGUGCAGCAGGCCUGACACUGUAUCAGCUGCGCAGGCCCAUAUUGUAACUGAACCAAGAAUGUUACUGUAGGUUGCUAGGGUAUGUAAGCAGGGUGACUUGUAUAUAGCAGGAAAGGGACGUUGCCUAUUAAUUUGAAAGUCUGAAUAUCUACUGUUUUGGUUUUCCAGGAGCAUAACUGUGAUUACAAAUUAAAUGGGGUUGGAAAGUGUAAGUGCUUUAGUAUUAAAAUAAAAUUAAAAAAAAAAAAACAGCACACACAACACUCUCUGGAAGACUGUUCCUUUAAAAAUCCUCCAUCUCUGUUGAUAUAAUUUUUUAUUGUUGUUUUUAGUGUCAUUUUGUAGGAUAUUAAACAUUUCAAGGGACCAACAUUAUCUGACAUGUUUAAAUAACUCACCCUUGUGAUCGCCACUUAGCACCCAAAGACUGUUUCUGGUUGAGUAGAGCCAGCACCAUUUUUAUUUUUAGCCAGUAGAUUCACUAACUGCUAUUCCAAUUCAUUUGUAAAUCUGAGGAUUAGAGUUAAAAGAGAAGUGGAGAGGCAGUUAUUGAUUAAACUAAGUUUGCCCUUUGAGGACCGUAUGAUGCAGCCCUUCCUUGCAAGACUCUGUCCUGAAAUCAAGAGCGUAUUGUAUUUGUAUCGAUUUCACCCAGUAAUGUGCAGCUUUCACAACGGCUAUUACUCUUUUAGUCUGUUAUUACUUUCCUAAAGUGUGUUAUGAAAUGGCUGCCCCAUGGGUUGCAGGUCAUCUUCUUUUAUAUUAAUUUAAGAUUCAAUAAACAUUUUUUUUUCUUAUUUGUGCCUAGUUCCAAACAGGGUUGUCCUUCAGAACUAGAUGCAGUAAAAAGUGUGUAACAGCAUCUGAAAGUCAGCAUCUCAUUCAUCAUCCCUUGUGUUUGGUGAUGGUUUCCUACCUCAUAUCACUUUUAAAAUGUUUCUAGCGCUUUCUAAAUGGCUUGCACAAUGUGCCCAGAGUUGUGGCUAAUUUAUAUAUAACCAUUGUAAACCAUGUUAAUUAAUAGUGCAGCAAACAUCUUUUUUAUUUUUGAGAGCUGGUGUAAUAGCCUGCGUUCCAGACUGACUUAUCGUGUAAUAGCCCGCUUCCCAAACUGGCUGAUCUCUGUUCUUUUGACAGACUUGUAUUUUAGCCAAUCGGUACUGACUCAUGAAUGACUCCACGGGAGUGAGCACAAUGUGUAACAGCCGUGUCCAGACUUACUGACUUUUCAUUUAAUCGCCCAAUUCCCUGACUGACUUAUCCCCCAACCAUGGCUCUAGAAAAGACAUAUUGGGAGGGGGGCAGUGUGAUACCUCUAAAAGUAUGGAAGACAUUGUCUAAUAUUUUUUUCUUUAAAGCAAUAUUAGUCAAGACUUCUUUUUUUUCUUCUUUUUUUUUUACCAAACUCUAGUUUCCGUACUGAAUAAACAGUUUUGUCACACUUGCA